AUGGCAGCCAGAAACAGUUGUUCUGAUGUAGUUUCUACGAAACAGAAGAAGGAGGGUUCCAAACCCACACCGCUUGCUUUGGGAAUAAGUACCCUGAAACCGAAAUACCCGCAGUAUGCACUGGCGUCGCGAAGCACUGCGUCUUUCACGGCCGCUUCAACGCCUUGGCCAGCUAAUGCACAUGUCAAAGUGGAAGAUCUGGUGGAUGCAGGCUUAGUUUAUACAGGUGUACAGGACAGUGUUCGCUGCUACCACUGCGGUGGAGGGCUCCGAAACUGGGAACCCGGGGACGACCCAAUGGUUGAGCACGCCAAAUGGUACCCGGCCUGUCAUCAUGUACUCAUUACAAAGGAGAAAAUGUUUUUCAGGAAAGUGGAGGACGGAGACAAUCCAGAGGAUGACACGCCUCCAAUGACAGAAGAUGUCAGAAGUGAUUCUUUGAAUACUGCAGUGCAAGCUGUAAUAGAAAAUGGAUAUCCAAAAGAAGAUGCCAUGAGAGCCAUUUCUGUGAUUCGAAUUAAGAAUGGAUAA